GGGCGUAGAAAUGAUGUUUGACAUGAUGCUGAUUCUCCAGAGCAGUCCCCUCAGUGAAACAACUCCAUCUGAGGUUCCUAUAUCACCUCACUCUCACCCACACAACUCUAUACUUCCAUCCUAAACAACACCCAAUCCCUAAAAUGCGACACCAUAUCCUCCCCAUCCUCCUCACCCUCACCCUCCCCCCACUAGCAACCACCUCCCAAACAACAACCACCACCGACCUAACCGCCCAAAUCUGUCCCUCUUUCCACAACACCUGUCCACCCAACAACACCACCACCACUACCCCAAACAACCAAGACCCAACUACACACAUCCACCCACGCACCCACCACCGCCCCAUCCCCAAACCCAUCCCCAUCCCAAUCACCCACCAACCCCCAACUCAACAACAACCCAGGACCUUCCCCCUCCACCCGGGAACCUGCCAAUCCAUCCCCGUCACCCCAUCCACAACACACGUCUCUUUCGACACCCAAAUCGAGGGUUCGGCCUCGCACUGCAAUGUCACUCUGCAUGAGCUGCCAGGGUGCGUGGAUACUCCGUUAUUGACGACGAGGGUUGAGGGCGAUGAGAGCGGGGAGUGGGUGGGGAGUGAGUGUGCGGAGAGGACGGAUCUUGGGGGUGAUGGAUCUGGAUCUACACCUACUUCUGGGGAUGUGAACAUGAAUGUGUGGGUUAUGUUGGAGUGUGAUGCAUCCUCUACAUUCACACCCUCUACCGGUGGUUCAGACACUUUGAACCAGCACGGUGAUGAAAAUGAGGAUGAGGAUAAUACCUCGAACGGAAACAUCCACGCCAAUAUGAACCAGGGUGAUGAUACUCCCAGCGCACAGCAACAGGACACCAACAAAGGGAGCAAAAUCGGGUCUAUGCAUGGGGGACUACUCAACGCCACGAAUGGGACAGGUGUGCACGGCGCAAAUUGGAAUGCCAGCACGGGGAGGGCGAAUCUGACCACUUUGCAUGGGGUGGGGAAUCGGACGGUGGGGUGGAGGGUGUUGGCGAGGAGGAAUUGGAAGAAGAGGUUGUUGCAUUAUUAUUAUUAA